AUGUCAGCUCAGGAGCUCGCGGUCUGCCUCUGCCAGGAGGGGGACAAGCACCUGGGCCUUGGGGAGCUGCCUUUAGCCACAGGCUUCUACCUGGCGGCCUUCAGCUGUCAUGCCCCUUCGGCCGUGCGGCACGUGCAAGCUCUCCUGGCUGAGGCCCCAGGGGCACCUGUGGUGGCCACACUGGAGGCCUGGUGUCGAGGGGACAGCCAGAUUCCUGAUAUCCACUGGGAUGGCAUGGCCGUGGUCUCCCUGACAGGGCCACUGGCCUCUGCCUUCCUUGGUGCCAUUUACCCAGACCACCCUGCCACUGUCCUGUACCUUUUAGCUGGCCUGCUGGCCUACGGGCGCCACACGGAGGUGGUACAGCGUUGCAAUGCCCUGUUGGAUACACACUCCCAGCAGACCCUGGAGCUACAGCUGACCCGUGCCCUAGCCUGGGUCCUCUCAGUGGACCAGGUCAGUGAGGGCAUAGCUGCCUAUCUUCAGACCUAUGCCUCCAGUGCAGACCGGACGGUAGCCUUCAUCCGUAGCCACCAGCAGCCCUAUCUCCCCACGCUGCUUGGCACCCUUCAGGACUACCUCUCAGGACUCCUGAAGGCCACAGAGAGCAGCGGCCCACAAGAGACCAACUGCCGGGCAUUCCUGAAGGCCCUGGACCCCAGGGGCAGCUGGGUGGAUGCCAUGUCACCUAAAGCUCUGCUUCUUAGAGGCAGAUUUGAAGACUGCCUGGCAGCGUGCAGCCGGGACCUUCAGCCUGACCCAACGGGGAGCAGACCCCAAGGUGAGCAACUGGCGGCCCUGCUGGUCACCCGCGCAGCUGCGGCCUUCUUCCUGGACGGCCGAGCGGAGGACAUGCUGCUGGACCUACGGGAGGCCUUCCGUGAGAGUCCUGCCGGGGCACGGAGGCACUUCCAGGCACUGCUGUCGGCCGAGGACCGCGAACGCGUGCAGGCUCAGGCGCUGGAAGCCGCGGACGUGGGCUUCGACCGCUUCCUGGAGGCUGUGCGAAGCCGCCGGGAGCUGCGAGAGGACGCGGACCGCGAGCUCUUGGUUCCUGUGACCCACGCGCUCCAGGUCCUGCUUCGUGUGGCUCCCGCCCGAAGGCGACCCGCGCUAGGGAUCCGCCUGGCUGAGUGUCUGCUGCUGGCCGGGGACGUGGCGGGCGCUCGCACGCAGUGUGAGCGUCUCCUGCGGCCCAGGCGUCCUGGGGAGCGCAUCGGGGACCGCACCGGAGACCUCGCGCCGCUGCUGGCGCUGCGCGGCUUCUGUGCGCUGCACGCGGGUGAUGCGUGGCGCGCGCGCGAGGACUUCCAGGCGGUGGUGGAGCGCGGGGUGCCACACGCGGGAGGCUGCGUGCGCGCGCUGUGCGGCCGAGGGCUGCUGCGGGUGCUGGAGGGCAGCACCUUCCUGGGCGCGCUGGACUAUGUUACCGCCUGCCGGCUACGGCCGGAGGAGACGCUGCUAGUCGCCAAAGCCUAUGUGCCCUGGAACCAGCGAGGGCUGCUGCUGACCGUGCUGCGGGAGGAGGGCCGCAAAAUGCUGCUGCGCUCGCCUAGCUGCACGAGGAAGGGUGCGCAGGGUGCUGGCCCUGCAGCACAGGCGCAGGAGGGGAAUGCCUAUGGUGUCUACCAGCUAGCCAUGCUGCUGAUGGAGCUGGAUGCAGAGGAUGAGACUUCCUGCCUCUUGGUGGCCGAUGCCCUGUACCUCUUGGGUCGCCUGGAUGAUGCUCACAAAUCCCUGCGGAUUGCCUUGUCCCGGAGGCCCCAAGCGGCCCCUGUGCUGGUGCGACUGGCCCUGCUUCAGCUGAGGAGGGGCUUCUGCUACGAUGCCAACCAGCUGGUGAAGAAGGUGGCCCAGUCUGGAAACACCGCCUGUCUCCAGCACACCCUCGAUGUCUUCCACCAGGAGGACCUAAAGCUGCUGCAAAGUCACUGUCACACACAGGCAUUAAACAUACUGCGGACACAGCCAGGGGGGCCAGAGAGUGAGGCCCACACCAGGGAAGCCAUCGCAUACCUCUCUCUGGCCAUCUUUGCUGCAGGGAGUCCGGCUAAUGAGUCCCUCCUCACCCGAGCCCGCUGUUACGGGAUCCUGGGUCAGAAGAAGACCGCCAUGUUUGACUUCAACUCCAUGCUUCGGGAGGAGCCAAGGAACGUGCAAGCUUUGUGUGGCCGAGCCCUCGUGCACCUGGCCCUGGACCAGCUUCAGGAAGCUGUGGAGGACAUGCUCUCCGCCCUUAAGCUCGAUCCAGGCACUGUGAUCUCUGAGAUCCACUCCCUGAAGCCGGAAGUUCAGUUGCCCCUCACCCAGGGCCUCCAUACCCGCUGCCAGGUCCUCCUGAACCAGUGGCUGGACGCUGGCGGCCUCCUCGGGGAGGGGGACACCCAGAGCCUCCUUGCCAUGGGAGAGGCGUUGAUUAGAAUCAACCCUGCACAGCCCAGUUGGCACCUGCUUCUCACGGACAUCCUCACAGGGCUGGGCAAGUAUCAAGAGGCUGGCACCCACUUGCAAGAAGCUCUACAGCUCAGCCCAUCAUCAGAGGCUGCCCAGGCCCGGCGAGGCCUGCUCCAGCUUAAAAAGGGAGCUGUGUCAGCUGCUGCCCAUGACUUGCAGUGCCUGGCAGAGACAGACACUCAGGACCUCAGCUUCCUCCUGCGUCUCCUUGAAUCCCCAGAGCGGCGGAGUCUCACCCAGGCCGCUGCCAAGAAAGCAAGCAACCUCUUGGAUUUAGGACAGCCGAGGCGGGCACUGGGAUACUGUUCUUUGGCUGUCCUGGCUGGUGGUGGCAGGCCUUAUUACUUGCGUCUCCGAAUGGCCUGCUUGACCCAGCUGCAGGAGUAUGACCGGGCACUCAGGGACCUGGAUCGUGUGCUGCAGGACGGUGCAGGGGACAGUGACCCGCCAAGGCAGAUAGAAGAUUUCUGCACCCGGGGUCGCCUGCUGCUGAGUCUGGGGGAUACAGCCGGAGCAGCAGGGGCCUUCACCCAGGCCUUGGCCCUGUCACCAGCCCAAGCUCAAAGCAGCCUGGCAGAACAACCUGGCCGGGCCCCCACAGCCAGUGUGUUCCUGACCCAUGGGCAGCACUGUCUAGAGGAGCAGCACUAUGAGGAGGCCUGGACAGCAGCCCAGAAUGGCCUCCUGGUGGACCCCAGCCACCGUGGGCUGAAGAGGCUGAAGGUGAGGACCCGCAAGGAGGUAUCCUCUGGCUGCAGACUACAUUGACCAGUAGAUCCAAGAGCUGCUCUCUCCACUGACCACUCGUCCCUGUCCGGACCGGAGGAGACACUUCCUGCUUAUGUAGAACAGCUGUCCUGGGUGACUCACAGCCCCACUGAAGUGGGCAGCCUCAGCACUGCUCACACCUGACCUUGGAGCAGCCACAAGCAAGAUCGGGGCUGGCAUCUCAGGGUCCUGGGGGAGAUGUGCUGUCCCGGGGAGCCCUCCCUGGAAAGGAAGCUGCUUAGACUAGUCUAGACUGACUCCUGCCUCAACCUUCUGCAAGGUCCAGACUCCUGGAUGCAUAGGUGGAACUGGCUUUGCAAGGCCAUUCACUGGGGAACUCCGUGGCCACGCUAGCAAACACAGCCCGGGCAGUCCC